AGAUUUACCUGGACGAGUUCUGGGUCGAUUAAACGCUUUCCGUGACGAUGAAAUCUGUCACAGCUGUAAGCAGAUAAACGAAGCUGGAGAUUACAAGGCGGUGUGCAGUUUUAUCCAUUUUUCUGAUUGUUCUUGGCGUGUGUAUGCCUUCUUUCCUCGGAUUAUUGCGGCGAACUUUCACGACUAUGAGUCAAUCGGGGAGCUAUUCCGUGGCUUUUGUUACAAUUGACAAAUUGGAAACAGCAAAGAAAUUGGCAGCUGGUUUGGUCAAGGAGAAGCAUGCAGCAUGUGUUAACAUCAUCCCCGGCUUGAUAUCUGUUUAUGAAUGGGAGGGCAAGAUCAAUGAAGACCCAGAGUUGUUGUUGAAAAUUAAAACAGCAACUAGUAAAGUGGAUGAUGUGAUCAAAUAUGUUAGGGAGAAUCAUCCAUAUGAUGUUGCUGAAGUAAUUAGUUUUAAGAUUGAUAAUGGAAAUGAGCCAUACUUGAAGUGGAUUGAUGAAGUUGUAGGAACUAAACCUAAAUAGAUCUUAUGUAAAACAUCAGCAGAAGACAACCCCUUUUUGUGCAUGUUCAUCAUUGUAAAGGUGUAUUAGCAUUCUAGGGAUUGAAAAAAACAUGAAUGUUAACAUAAAAUUUAUUUUAUUAUAAACUUUAGAUUGCACUAUCUCUCUAUUGCAAACCAAGGUUGCUGUAUUUUAUGUAAGAUUUGAAUUAUUGUCUAAAUAGAUUAUAUUUUUUGUGCACGGCUUUUAAAGUUUGUGCAGUGUGCCAUUAUCUCUCUGUAACCCUUUCUAGGCUUCAAAAGUCAAUAAAUGUAUGAAAAAUUUCAACAAA